AUGCAACAACCGGAGGAGGGCGUCACCGCCGUUGAGAAGGUGGUGGAGGAGCCUCAAUUUGCGGAGAAGACAAAUCCCGAUCUCGACUCGAGCUCUGCGUCAACCGCCAAAGAGCAGGAAACCAAGACGCCCAUUCCAUCAGAGGAGGAUGUGCUCUAUGGCCACUUACCCCCACACGAAAAGGAGAUCUUGAAAAAGCAGCUCGAUGCGCCUCCCAGGCCUGUUUCCUUUUUUGGUCUCUAUCGUUAUGCCUCGAUGAUCGACAUCCUAAUCCUGGUGGUCAGUACUUUGUGCGCCAUGGCGGCUGGUGCCGCAUUGCCUCUCUUUACCAUCCUCUUUGGAUCGUUGGCCACAUCUUUCCAGAGAAUCAUGCUGGAUACAAUCAGCUAUGAUGCCUUUUACCACGACCUUACUAAAAAUGUCCUCUACUUCGUCUACCUUGGUAUUGGUGAAUUCGUCACCGUCUAUAUCAGCACCGUCGGCUUCAUCUACACUGGUGAACACAUCACGCAAAAGAUCCGCGAGAACUACCUUCAGGCGAUUCUGCGUCAGAACAUCGCGUACUUUGAUAAGCUCGGUGCCGGUGAAGUCACAACCCGCAUCACGGCGGACACCAACCUUAUCCAGGAUGGUAUCUCGGAGAAGGUUGGACUGACUCUGACCGCCAUCGCUACUUUCGUCACCGCAUUCAUUGUCGCUUACAUCAAGUAUGCUCCUCUGGCCGGUAUUUGUACCUCUACCAUCGUCGCGCUGGUCCUGAUCAUGGGUGGAGGUUCUCGCUUUAUCGUCAAGUUCAGCAAGCUGUCCCUGGAGAGCUACGGUGCCGGUGGUACUGUGGCGGAAGAAGUCAUCAGUUCGAUUCGCAACGCGACCGCAUUCGGCACGCAGGAGAAGCUUGCACAGCAGUAUGAGGUUCAUUUGGCCAGGGCCGAGCGCUGGGGUAUGCGUUUGCAGAUGGCCCUUGGCGUCAUGGUUGGCGGCAUGAUGGGUAUCAUGUUUUUGAACUACGGUCUGGGAUUCUGGAUGGGUUCUCGCUUCCUGGUGCAGCACAAAGUCGACGUUGGACACGUACUGACUAUUCUGAUGGCCAUUCUCAUCGGUUCAUUCGCCUUGGGUAACGUGGCACCGAACGGACAGGCCUUCACCAAUGCUGUUGCCGCGGCUGCCAAGAUCUUCUCUACAAUCGACCGUGAAUCUCCUCUGGACCCUACUUCUGACAAGGGCAUCAUUCUUGACCAUGUUGAGGGCCACAUUGAGUUCAAAAAUGUCAAACAUAUCUACCCCUCUCGCCCUGAAGUGACCAUCAUGCAGGAUGUUUCACUCGCCAUGCCUGCCGGUAAAACCACCGCGUUGGUCGGCCCAUCAGGCUCUGGUAAGAGUACCGUUGUCGGUUUGGUCGAGCGCUUCUACCUCCCUGUCGGUGGUCAGGUCUUCUUGGAUGGCCAUGAUAUCCAGACGCUCAAUCUUCGUUGGCUGCGCCAGCAGAUUUCGCUGGUUAGCCAGGAACCUGUUUUGUUUGGCACAUCUAUCUUUAACAACAUUCGCCACGGACUGAUCGGAACCCGCUUUGAGAAUGAGUCAGAGGAAAAGAUCAGGGAGCUUGUUGAGACUGCUGCCAAGAUGGCUAAUGCCCACGAGUUCAUUUCCGUUCUCCCGGAAGGUUAUGAGACCAACGUCGGACAGCGUGGAUUCCUACUCUCCGGUGGCCAAAAGCAACGUAUCGCUAUCGCCCGUGCUGUUGUAAGCGACCCCAAGAUCCUGCUCCUCGACGAAGCUACGUCCGCGCUCGACACCAAGUCAGAGGGUGUUGUCCAAGCCGCGCUCGACCGCGCUGCCGAGGGCCGCACCACCAUCGUCAUUGCUCACCGUCUUUCAACCAUCAAAACCGCGCACAAUAUCGUCGUCUUUGUCAAUGGCUCCAUCGUAGAGCAGGGAACCCAUAGCGAACUGACUAAACACGAUGGACCAUACUACAAGCUGGUCGAAGCCCAACGUAUCAACGAAGAAAAGGAAGCUGAUGCCCUUGAAGGUGACGACGAGGACAGCGCUGAGCAAAUGACCAAGUCGCACAUUGCCCGUGUCAAGUCUAUGGGCAGUGGAUCGACCAAGAAUGAAAACGACGCUUUCGAAGGUGACAUGCAGCGCCGGGAAUCCCGAAAGUCGGUCUCAAGCGCUGUUCUCUCGAAGCGAACUACCGAAAGCACUAGCAAAUACUCUCUUCUCACCUUGAUCCGGUUUAUCGGUUCUUUCAACAAGGAAGAAUGGCAUCUCAUGGUCAUAGGUCUCUGUUUCUCGAUUCUCGCUGGUUGUGGCCAACCUACCCAGGCUUUCUUGUACGCCAAAGCCAUCAAUGCGCUGUCUCUGCCAGAGUCUAUGUGGGGCAAGCUCCGAUCAGAUGCCAACUUCUGGUCUCUCAUGUUCUUUGUCGUUGGUAUUGUGCAGUUCAUUACUUUCUCUAUCCACGGUGUUACCUUUGCGUACACCUCCGAGCGCUUGAUCCGCAAGGCCCGCAGCAAGGCCUUCCGUGUUAUCCUCCGCCAGGACAUCGACUUCUUCGAUCGCGAGGAAAACAGUACUGGUGCUUUGACUUCAUUCUUGUCCACUGAGACCAAGCACCUGUCCGGCAUCAGUGGUACAACACUUGGAACAAUUCUGAUGUGCUCCACCACCUUGAUUGCUGCCAUUGUCAUCUCUCUAUCCUUUGGAUGGAAGCUCGCUCUGGUUUGCAUUUCCGUCGUCCCGGUUCUUCUCGGCUGUGGUUUCUACCGCUUCUACAUGCUUGCCUCUUUCCAGUCUCGUUCCAAGGCUGCCUACGAAGGCUCCGCUAGCUACGCUUGCGAGGCUACAUCUGCCAUCCGCACCGUCGCUUCGUUGACACGGGAGAGUGAUGUUUGGUCUAUAUACCACGGCCAGCUUGAAGUCCAGGGCCGGUCGAGCUUGAUCUCUGUUGUCAAGUCAUCCCUCUUGUACGCCGCUUCUCAGGCCCUAGUCUUCUUCUGUGUUGCUCUUGGCUUUUGGUACGGAGGUACUCUUCUUGGUCACCACGAGUAUGACAUCUUCCGCUUCUUUGUCUGUUUCAGUGAGAUCCUGUUUGGUGCCCAGUCUGCCGGCACAGUGUUCUCAUUCAGUCCGGACAUGGGCAAGGCCAAGAACGCCGCUGCCGAGUUCCUGAAGCUCUUCGAGCGUCGUCCCACCAUUGACACCUGGACCGAUGAGGGCGAGACCCUUUCUCACUGCGAUGGAAAUAUCGAGUUCAGGGACGUUCACUUCCGCUACCCCUCCCGUCCGGAGCAGCCCGUCCUCCGUGGGUUGGACCUCAGCGUCAAGCCGGGUCAAUACAUCGCACUUGUCGGACCCAGUGGUUGUGGAAAGAGUACUACAAUCGCUCUCCUUGAGCGUUUCUAUGAUUCUCUCUCUGGUGGCAUCUUCGUCGACGAUAAGAACAUCACCGACCUGAACGUCAACUCUUACCGCAGCCACAUCGCCUUGGUCAGCCAAGAGCCGACUCUUUACCAAGGAACUAUCAAGGAGAACAUUCUUCUUGGUUCUCCUAACGAAGACCCCUCCGAAGAAGAACUCUUCAAGGCAUGCAGAGACGCCAACAUCUACGAUUUCAUCAUGUCCUUGCCCGAAGGCUUUAACACCGUCGUCGGUAGCAAGGGUGGCAUGCUGUCAGGUGGUCAAAAGCAGCGUGUUGCUAUUGCUCGCGCUCUCCUGCGCAACCCUAAGAUCUUGCUCCUGGACGAAGCUACCUCCGCUCUAGACUCCGAGUCCGAGAAGGUCGUCCAGGCUGCUUUGGAUGCCGCUGCUCGUGGUCGUACCACUAUUGCUGUUGCUCACCGUCUAUCGACUAUCCAGAAGGCUGAUAUCAUCUACGUCUUUGACCAAGGCAAGAUCAUCGAGAGCGGCACCCACACCGAGUUGCUUCGUAACAAGGGCCGUUACUAUGAGCUGGUGAACCUCCAGUCCCUUGGAAAGAAUUAA